AUAUUUUUGAAAUUCAAAACAACCUUUCGGAAGGACCGUUCGCAUUUUCCUCUAUGUCUUCUUCAUAACCAUAAAAUUACAAGAUAAAGAAAACGAUGAAGCUGACGGCGACGAGAUAUGGUGUAAAGGCACUGUUCAUAUUACUCUGCUGUGCCGUACAGCAUGGAUUGUUGGAGGCUAAAGCCAUCAAGAAAUCAAAACACGCCGUGCACAAAAGUGGAAGCAAGAAAAACAGUGCCCCAAAGGGAGAAUUUUGUGUCAACCAUUCUUAUUGCUCUAAGUACAGCGAUCUCGAUUGCGCUUCGGAAUGGGUUCAGCUAAACUGCCCCAGAAUGUGCAGACUCUGUGAAUAUGAAGGUCCUGAAUUAAUGAAGCUUCCUGCCGUCUUGUAUUACAAGAAGGGAGACAAGAAGCACGGAAUAAGUGGGUCGAAACACAAGAGUAAACACACUACCAAACACAUAGAGAAACGAGAUGAUGGCGAUAGACGCGAUGUAGUCUUUCUUAGUCAUCCAAAUGACUAUUCACCAACCAAACAGCCCGACCCUGUCCCGACAACCAGUUACAGCCUUUUUGACUACCAGAGCAAUUACAGGAACUGGUUAUUCCUUUACCCGGAUCAGCAUCCUGUUAAUUUGCGUUACGUUGACACAGGAAAAGCUGCCGACCCUAAUCAGCAAAGCACGGUUCAGCAGACAGCUGCCGGUGCCCAGGAUGCUCCUGUUGCAUCCACUCCUGCUGGACAAGCUGGUGUUGCUGCCCCUGCCAAUGGAGGUGCAUCUGUGACUUCUCCUGAUGCAGGCGUCACCCCUGCAGCUGCCUCUACUACAGCUUCUGCAGCUGCACCCGCGACUGUUCCUGCUACUGAUACAUCUGCAGCUGCUCCAGCUGCCAUAGCUGCUGCACCCACGACAGCUCAGUCAGCAUCUGCAGCUGCUGCUCCUGCUGCAGGUGCAAUACCAGGUGUUGCUCCUGCAUCGACUCAAACUCCUGCUGCAUCUAACCCAGCGAUGCCACAAGUAGGACAGGCUGCGGCGACUGUUCAGCAGCCUGCGGCACCAAUUGUUGCCCAGAAACCUGUCGCCGCACAGCAGCCCGCUGCAAAUGAGACCAUCCAAGUAAUUAAUCAGACAGUUUCACUUGCAUCUAAUACAACAGGCUUUGUACCAUCUGUGGCAAACGCGAGCCAACCGAACCAGACCAUCAUGGCUGGAGCAUUCACUGCAGGAAAUAUGACCUCUAACGAGACUGUUGCCACAGGUAACAUCACCACAUUAAAUCAGUCUCAACCAUGGGUAGAGCCACUAUCACAGAAUUCAACACUGUCACAAAACACGUCACUGUCAGGGAAUUCUUCAUUAACAAAAAAUUUGACACGAUCAUCAGCACUCGGACAAAAUCAAACUAGUCCACUGAAUACAACAUCACAAAACGCACCGGCCACAUCUGCGCUUCUGAAAGACAAAGCAUCCAUAGAUGAAUCACAUGAAUCGCUAAAUACUUCACCAUUGUCGCCAUUCCACUUAUCAGAAGAAGAGGUAACUUCACAACACGAACUUCAUGUUGUCAACUCGGAUAGGUCGAGUAAAAUGCAAGGAAAUUUUAGACCUAACGCUGCAAGUGUAACCUUUUCUGGUCCAGGUACCUUAGAUCUGACGUCUACUGGACAGUCCUUUACUCAGGAUGUCACUGUAGACCCACAACAGGCGGACUCUGAGAAUGCUGCUGAUUACCCAUGGACGUGCUGCAAGAAACAGCCGAGACCAGAAGGUUGCAAAAAGUGCCCUGACAUGCCAAAGGCUCCACCAUUGACCCACAUAUUCGGCGUUUACUGCAAUGACUUGUACAAGGACUGCGCUUAUGGAUACUCCAACUGUAACGAUACCUGGUGGCAGAUUAAUUGUCCUAAGAGAUGCAACCUUUGCAAAACCGAGGAUGCGCAAAGCCGCACCGAGGCCACGCAGACCAAGGAGAUUUAUCCAUCUGAAGUGAACGAUCUGAAGGAGAACGCCACCCUAGAAUCGGAUCUCGUUGCACCCGCCCCAGGAGCCAAGCCUCUUGUGGCCAAAUAUACUCUCAGAGUGAAGCCCAAGUUAUUGAACGGUGUGCCACAGACACAAGAGAUCCGCAUCAUGCCUCCAAACAAGGCUGGGGUCAAAGGAUACGUAAAACCACUUAUGGUACUGAAACAAAAUAUUACUAAGCCUAUGAUUGAGAAUAUUGAGAUCGACAUCCCACCAAAAGGUGCAAAAUUUAGCUCCAAGCCAAGCGUAGAGGUCAUUGAAGGAGAUCAUACAGAGAUGCUACAAGUAAGCAAGGGACAGGCUAUUGUGGAGGAUCCCGUGCAGAAGUCACAGACGGAGCCUGAAGAGUCCAAGCCCGAAAAAGAGGCAAAUGAUAUAACUGCAAGCAACCAGACCGAAUCCACCCCAGUUACACAAGAAAAUGUAAACCACACCAUCCAAGAUCAAACAAACACACAGACUCAGUCUCCAUUUGACCAUCAAGCGGCAACAUUGGCUGACCAGACUAACCAGGCCCAAGCCACCACAACAGCCCAGGCCACCGCUGCAGUUCCUGAAGCUGCCACUGCUAGCGCAUCAACCCAAGCCGAUGCCAUUACCACUGCAACCACCCAACCGGAUGCAUCGGCCACUCAAGCGGCUGCUUAUACCAACACCCAAACUUGUACUGAUGACGGCAGAUGUGCACCCUACACCGCUGACCGUUGUGCAGAUCCAUGGUUGAGGGAAAACUGCAAGAGCAUGUGCAAUCUAUGUUAAAUACUACAAGGUUUGGAAGUGACUGGAUCUUUUUUCAGUCGUGUGAACACCGGAAGCAGCUGUAGAUAAGAAACUCUUAGGGCACCAAGUCGGCUGAUUGCUUCUUUACAUUUUAUUACUUUGCCGUGGGGUUUUUAUCCUUGACUUAGCAGUAGAUUAGAGUUGACCUAGCUUUUCCAUUAGCAUAACUAACUUUGAUUUCUUCUCUGCACGAGGCUACUUGUAAUCUGCAGUUUGCCGUUCUCAGUUCAACUUGGGAAAAUCGAGUUAUCACUGUUACUUUAAAAUCGCCUUGGUACGGUGUUAUAUAUUUAGUUACUAGAAUACUAAAAUCCCAAUUUUUUCCGAAGAAGUGUAUCCGUGGUGUGAGGUCAUCGUGAAUCAAACAUAUAGCUAUUCUAUGAGUGCGAAUGUCAUAUUUUUUGGAUUGCUAAAUUCUAUUUCGCUUGUGAAGUGCAUGUUUAUUCUUUAAAUAAAAAUCGUCAUAAAUAAACUUUCAUGUGUUCUGA